GUACAUAUUUCCUUUUGUGGUCGGGUUUUCUAGGUUUUCUCCCUCACACCCCAUCAACACAUGGGUCAAGCAUCAUAGUCAGCGGGAAACAUCGAUUUAGAGUUCUAGUUGGCUUGUCGAUUAGUCACUUGGAGGCCAGACUGCACGUGCCCGAUAACUCACGAUUAAACCUCUCCUUUUCACUAUCUACAAGCACACAAUGCGCGACCUUCUAUGCUUCGUCAUCAACCACGUCUUCAUGCCUCCUAAACUACCCCAGGAGACCGAUGACAGCUCAAAGCACACGGACUUUCUUCUGUUGACUGUUCGCAAGUCCAUAGAGCUUCAUAGGCGGCAGUUUGCUAUAGCUGAGCAUCAAGUAAUGUGGGGCUCUUUGUUGGGGAUGGUGGAUAUCUUGCGACGAAUUAAUGAGUGCCAAGAGGUCGGAAUUAGCGAAUGUAUCGAAAGAAUGAGUCCCGGAGAAACUAUUGCCAUCCUUAUUCGUGCACAAAACGCCGGUGUGAUCAUCCGUUGUGGCGGGAAAGAAACAACAUUCGAGAGUUUCGAAGUCUCUCCAAGGAAUCAAGACGUGAUGGGCUGUACAAGAAAGCUUUUGCGAUCCUUUCCUGGCCCUGCUAUCACUGUUCGUAAUGAUAUCGCCUGCGACCCGGCUUUUCUCAAGGAAUUGGCUGCGUUCCUGACUCAGAUGGACGCUGAAUCACUGGAAGACGCUCAAAUAAUGACUAGGAAGGCGAGAAGCAAUGUCAUUGAAGAGCGCGACACGACCCAUCCUCGGUAUAUUACCGAAUUGUUGACCGGGAUACUUUGUGGUCUAGGACAGCCUGCGGACGUCUCCCGCAUCCGGAAGAGGACGUCGGAUGAUGUCUUAUGGGAUAAAACUUCACUCCCAUGGAGACGUAGUCCUCUCUGGCUCGUUGUUCGUGUCGCCUUGCAAACUACAAUUCAUCGAGAAACUUUGAGCACCAACGAAUACAAGCGCUUUAUGGUGCUCCUUCUAGCUGAUAUUUUGCAUCUCUCUGUCAAGAACCGUCUACCAGGUGACAUUCUUCAUUGCAUGCGUGCCAAACUUAGCCGUCGGCUCUUUAAAAUCCGGUCCUGGGUAGAUUCAGCUCUUGUUACAUAUGUGCACGAAGUUGUUCUUGAUACAGAAUGGCUGCUCCAAGAUCGAUGGAAAGCCGUUCAAGACGCGCAGAUGAGAACACCAAUAUGGGCGCCAGAUGAGUUGGACGUGAUUGGGGAUACUGAACUCACCCUGAAAAAUUCCAUGGCUCAUAUCAUCGCUGCGCUCGUCCCGGCAGUAACCACUGGUACCACUCGCAACACUGCGUUCAUCCCGGAUCAUCAUCGACGACUGCCUGGUUUUCUCUUCGAAUUCAUCCCCCAGGAUCUUCCGCCAGCGGUAAAAGCAAAUGGAUCUAUCGCGCUAUGGGAUUUUGAGCGUUCUGUACAAGAUCAUAUCGAUCUGUGGGUGCGUUCUCAGAUGUACUCCAUCAGCGAAAACGCCUGCGACACACUUUCCAAUUGCAUGACGACAUAUGCCGAAAACGCGGCAAGGCUGUACGCCGGGGUUCCCGAGCAACAGUCCAUCAUGCUGCUCACUCUUUUCGAGCUUUGGAGGGCACUUGAUAUGUUGGCCGUGGCAAGCUGUCCUCUUUUGAAGGAUUAUUCUCCUGAAGUUCCUCCGACUCUAUAUGAGGCUCUUCUGCUUAGGAAAUCCAAAUCGUUGGAGCGGAUUUCAAUGUUCCAGGCGUAUCUCCACAAGCGCUAUCGCGAAGCUAGCGGCGACCCUCGAUCGAUCUUCUCGGAAUCAAUCGAUGAGGAUAUCUUUGCAGUUAAAUUUUUCGACUCAUCUCCGUCGCUUCAGGAAGUAAGGUGCCGUAUAGAGGCGCAAGCGACUGCGAAGCGGGAUGAAAAGCUCCGCGAGCUGAGCUUGUUGAAUCUCGAAUACGAGGAAAAAAUGGAACUGGCUGACUCUCUUGAUCACAGCGACUUCAUCACGCGUCGUGGCUAUGUAGUGCAUGACCGUUAUUGCCAAAAAUGCAAAUAUGAACGGCAGGCCAGAGCACUCAAGAUAGAUAUUCACGAAUGGCCACUCCCAGAGGAUGAGAUACGAGCCAAAAUGGUCGUGUUCGAACUCGCAGGCCCUCGGGUUUUCAAGACUUGGAGAACAACUACUUACUGGCUCCUCCGUGACAUUUGCACACCUCCUCUCUCGUCGGUGGAAGCUCACCCGUCUAUGACGCUGGAACACUAUGCUAAUCUCAAUCAUCUCUCUGGAUAUCUUGUUUCUGAUUCUCGGCGUCGGAUCUCGUUGGCAUCUCAAGAGAAGUCCUUUCUGACCUCUCAUUACAACCGUGUGAAAAUCCCGGCAAGCGAAGAAGAUGUCUGUCUUCGGAAUGCGCUAUCAUAUCGAGUAUAUGAUGAACACCAUAACACGUGGGUGCAUCCCCCAUCUUGGGACUGUGGUCUCCGUCAUAAAACGUCCAUACCGAUAUCGCAACGGUCACCCUAUGCUUCCUUGGAGCACUUUGCACAACGAACUUCUCACACUUCAAACGAGGUUCUUGCAAGCCAGCAUAGAUGUCCACCUUCGCUCAACUUGCAUGAAUUCAUAGCGUUUGGGUCGUUGCGCGCUGGAGCCCGCUUGCAGUGGUAUAAUAUUGUUCGAGAGAUUGCCUCAGGGAAUCUCAGUCUUCAUCGUGAAGAGGUUUAUGACCUGAUAUCACAGGCUGCUUGCCAAAUAGGAUGUCUUUCUAAUGGUGGUCUCUGGGAAUUUCAUGAGGAGUUGCGAAAUCCCUCAUUCGGUGACGUGUUGCUAGGCGUCCUUGAUCAGCUGGGGACGGACAUCGAAGGAAACUGGCUCCACAGCGUCACAGCACUGUCUAUCACCACACUUGCCUCUCGGCUGCUGGCUUCAGCCUCCACAGGAACAUCGAUCAUUUCCAAAACGUAUAGUACACUGCGGAAGAUCCGAAAGACCACGUUGGGCUGGUUGCGGGAUCUCAUGACACUUGAGUCAGAGGCUCAAGAUGAUUUGGAACGGAACAAGUAUCAAGCAGCAAUAUGUCGAAUAGCUGCAACCUGCAGAAGCACGUUUGACGUUGAUUCGUGCCAUGUCCCUUCACUCCUUCAGAGUUCGAAGGAUGUGGCCACUUUCAUUGAAUGUGCUAUCAUCGUCAACAUCCAUUCUCCGCAGGUGACUUCCGCGAAUGCAGACCCUCAUUUGCACCGAUUGCUUCUCCAAGAUCAGUGCUUGUCUUGCAAUAUGGAAGGCUUCCUCAUUGCCCGUAUCCAGGCCUGGGAACCCAUGAAAGGCAUUAAUAGCGCGGUGGCGAACAUUUGGAACGGAUUCGACUUGACAUGUCGCUGGACAAGGCUACCAGAACCUAAUGAUCGCUGGUUGACCACCACCACCACCAUAGCCGGUCAACGCCGACAGGAGGUUCAUCUCAAUAUAUUGAGUGGUUCUUUACUGAUUGACGGGAAACCACUCGGUCGAUUGCCACCUGAAAUUGUGGGACACUCGACGUAUAUAGAACUUUUUGGCGCAAAAAACCUUGCCGUCGUACCAUCGAACAUGGAGGACAUGGAUUAUGCGACCAAAGUCAGUUUAUCCCGUGGUUCCGCAACCGGAACUCAAGAGGAAGAAGACGGCCACCAGAUAAUUCACUUUGCAUGGCGGGAUGGAAAACUCGUUCUGCGAAGCAGAUCCCGCAUGCUUGAUGGGAAGGAUGGUCGGGUCUGGGAGUUGCUACCACGUGAAAUCUUCAGAAAUGAUCUUCCGUCUACACUGAUCGACGAUCACUUUCAUUGGUUGGAGCCAUCCACUCGCCAGGUUGAGCUGCGAUCGAAGGAAGCACCUUGGACGUCAUCUCGAGUAAAUUGGCAUCUACGUCUUACUCGGCACUCCACAUGGGUUCUGGUUAGACAACCUUCUAUUACACUCAUUGACUGUCAAAGUCACACGGCAGAAAUGAUUUGUGUCAUCCUUCGUUCACUUGAAGCUCCGAACAAUGUUCUCAUCACAAGCUCGCCAACACACGAACUUCUGGUCGAUCUUCCCCGGUUCCAGCUUUCUUUCGCCCUGAAAGGUGGAAGGCUCUGUUCGCUCAACUUCCCCGGCUUCGAAGUUGAUGAGAACCAAUCUACAGGCACAAUGCUAGGUCUUCAGAGCCAACUUGUUCUGCGCCAGAGUGAGGAUCUCGCGAACAGCGUGGAGCUUAGUUACUCCAGGCGUGUCAUCAUCCCGAUGGGAGAUAUAUCCAUCACACGAGAUGAUGACCAUGUUGCUGUUACCAUUAAACACUCGGGGUCACGUCGAGUCGAGUAUUAUGACUAUGACGUAGAUACCCUACUUGGCCGUUUGGUUGGAAAUGGAAGUUUAUCCAGCGCAUUGUUUCAGUCGUACCUUCAUGCUAUUACCAGUUAUUGUCUACCUGAUCCCCUCACGUCAUUGUCUGGAACUGAGGAGGCCCUUCGAAUCCUUCGCUCAGCGCGUUGUAAAUCGUUUCAAAGCCUCAAUGGCCAAGAGCGUGGUCUUCUACAUCAGUUGUCGACAUUAACGCCAUCAAGGGAUUGGUAUCCUUCCCACUUGCGGGUGAUGCAACAGGCCAUUUGGGAUGGAAAACUUAAUCCGAUUGUCCAGCAUGAUGCUUUCUGGAGCGAGGUACAAUCUAUACUUGAAUGGGGGAAUCAAAUGCAUGUUUUCCAUCAGGACGUGCCGAUUGGGAACUCGAAAGACAGACGCCAUAUGAGAGAGCUUCAUCUGCUAUCCCGUGCCGGGUACCGCAAUGCGGCCUGGCAUGGUCCUGGCAUAUCGUCGGACGUAUCAGGUGAAGAUUCAGUGUAUGAAUCUCGGGAUGACGUCGGUGGGCUCGACUUUGCUCGUGUUCGUGAUGCCUCGAAUGUCUCUAGCUUGGUAUAUCGUGGUCCUUUUCACCUCAAGACAACAAAAAAUUUGUUAUCUCAGAUUCAAUCGUGGAGGGAGGAGAUCAGGGGGUAUUCCACCAAUGACGUGUCGGGUGUCCGUCUAGGAUACAACAAGGAAUGGCUCUCCUUCAACAUGCCAGACACUUGGGUUCCCUUAUACAAUGCUUGUCGAUCAGCUGGGUGGGAAAUAGUCCGGUUUAAAUUGGUUUUUAGCCUCUCGGCGAUCGAAUACUCUCGUCACCCAUGCAAAGAUCUAAUCCCUGCCUUUCUUGCGUUUGCGCGCUACCCUGAAUUCCGUGUCAUAGAUCCGCCGCCGUGGCAACGAUACAAAUUCAGUGAGGGUUGGACACCAGAUCCAGGACUUCUCCAUGCUGCGGUCGCGAAGUGUGUCCUUCCCUUUCAGGAAACCACCAAUCCUUUAGUUCGCGAUGUUGUUCGAAUCGAACGACGAAAGAAAUACGAUGCCCAAGUAUCAUCUCAAGUUUGGUCCUUCGUUGCAGAUCUGGUUACCUCCCCACCGCUGGGAGAAGUGCGCACAUCCUUUGUAUCAUACCGCGAUGUUUUUCUUCGGGAGUCUCCAAUUCUGGCGCCCACACCCUCCCCUCCUAGAGCAAUGAAAUUGUCGGCAGCCAAACCAUUUUCGGUACAUGAUAGUCUCAGGAUUCUCAUCUCGAAUCUCCGCUCAGCUGAAAGUCCCCUGUUUCGAGAGUAUGGGAACGAUCUCGAGGUGAGUAGGGAAGCGUUGCAACAUGACGCUGAAACCAGCGCCGAGUGGGUGGAAAUCCUUCGAGAAGUCCUUGAUCACAGUCACCAGACGUAUCGCACAUAUCUCUCCCAUAUCUUAGAGCAAAUCGAACGGGUAAUCAAUCCAGAUCCUCAGUUCGAGGCCCCAGAGGAAGUCAUGCAUGUAGCAGGACUGUGGCCGAAGACCAGUAUACGUUCUUUGCUGCACCACUUAUCAUUCUCAUCGCGCUCAAAAGUUAGCCUUUCCCCUGAUUGGGAAAAUACUCUUGUCUGCCUUGCCCAGUCCAUACUGCUUUUGCAGCAGUCGGAGAGAUUGAUGAGAUCAAGACACAACACCGAUGAUUUCCUAAGGGAAUGUCAGAAUUAUACUGACUUACAUGACACUUCGGACAGACUGGACUGGCUGCUUGUUCAGAUUGACUCGAACUUCCUUAUCCGCUCACUUCAAGUUGAUGUUGCGCGUAACAUGAUGUCUCCCUGCCCACAGGACAACACUAUCCUUCAACUCAAUAUGGGGGAGGGAAAAUCGUCCGUUAUUGUUCCACUGAUUGCCGCAUCUUUGGCGGACGGACAAAAACUGGUCAGAAUCAUUGUGCUCAAACCCUUAGCAAACCAAAUGUUUCAGUUACUUGUCCGACGUUUGAGUGGCCUGGCCAAUCGACGUGUAUAUUACAUGCCCUUCUCCCGCACGAUUUCGGUGGAUGAGAACCACUUGUCCUUAUUUCAAAGGAUCUACCACGAGUGCAUGCAGGCGGGCGGAAUACUGGUCAUGCAGCCUGAACACGUCCUGUCAUUCAAACUCAUGGGUAUAUACCGACAACUCUCGGCUGUCAUGGACGAGAAGACGCCAAAUGCGAUGCUGAAACUGCAACAAUGGCUAGAUUCGAACGUUAGGGACAUUUUGGACGAGAGCGAUGAGAUUCUAGCGGUCAAAUACCAACUCGUCUACACUGUCGGAGCUCAGCAGCCUCUAGACCAUCAUCCUGACCGAUGGACUGUUGUGCAACAUGUGUUUUCCAUCUUGCGCAGCCACACCCAAUUCAUUGAGGAAUUCCUUCCUCAAGGAGGCUUCGAGCUUGAACAACAAAGAGGCGGAUGCUUCCCUCGUCUUCGCAUCCUCAAAAGCGAGGCUGGCGUGCAGCUCAUGAGUUCUCUUGUACAUGGGAUAAUGUCGGGGAACUCUCCAGACUUGCCUUCGUUCAGGCUAUUCCAUGGGAGAGUGCGACAAGAAGCAGUGGCUUUCAUCACAGAACGGAAUCCUGGAGAACUUGAUGAAUUGCGAAAUCACUGCCGCGGUGACAGCCGCCUAUGGAACACUCUACUCCUGCUAAGAGGCCUUUUCGCCCAAGGAAUACUUAUAUACGUCCUUGGUGAACGUAGGUGGAGAGUAGACUAUGGGCUCGACCUCACACGGUCCCUUCUCGCGGUUCCGUAUCGCGCAAAAGACGUGCCCGCUUUGAGGGCAGAGUUCAGUCACCCAGACGUCUGCAUCUCCUUGACAUGUCUUAGCUAUUAUUAUGGUGGACUAUCCUGUGAUCAACUAGACACAUGCUUCGAAUUGCUCAGUCAACUAGAGGAUCCUGUGGUGGAAUAUAGCAAGUGGAUAAAAGAGAAUUGCUUUGUGCCGAAGUCCCUCAGUGACUAUAGCAGUUUUAAUCCCAAUGACCACAGACAAAGGAUCAACCAUCUAUAUCCAGCUUUCACGAGGAACCAAGAGACAAUCAACUUCUUCCUCUCUCGGGUCGUUUUUCCAAGGGAAGCCAAGGCAUUCCCGCAAAAACUUUCCACAUCUGGCUGGGAUAUCGCUGAACGAAGACAGCAUGUAACAACGGGUUUCAGUGGUACGAAUGACAACCGCUAUCUUCUUCCCACUUCUAUCAGACAGGCCGAUAUUCCUGCGCAAUUAAGCACAAAUGCCAAGGUGUUAAAUUUGAUGCUCCAGCCCGAGAAUAAUUACCGAACUGCAGCCAGUAGCAAGUUUCUGGACCUCGUUAUCAAGGAGACCCCCCAAAUCCGAGUUCUGUUGGAUGUGGGCGCCCAAAUGUUGGAGUACUCCAACAAGGGCUUAGCAUCGAUAUGGCUCUCGCAAAUACCUGAGGGGGAUGUAGAUGCUGCGAUCUUCUUCUCCGAAGAUGAUGAGAUCCAUGUUAUUAAGCGCGACGGGGAAACAGAGCCGUUCACUUCAUCCUCAUACAGACGUCGACUUGAUCGAUGCCUUGUGUACCUCGAUGAUUCCCAUACAAGAGGGACCGACUUGAAAUUGCCCAUUGAUUAUCGCGCAGCAGUUACAUUAGGCCGGAAAGUAACAAAGGAUAGACUGGUUCAAGGUGAGCUUCUCAUUGAGAUUCAAUUGCAUCAGCCGAGGCAGAGGCGCAUGUAUUCAGGAUGUAUGCGAAUGCGCAGGCUGGGACAGGGGCAAUCUGUCAUAUUCCUCGCGCCCCCCGAUGUGGAUCGCGCCAUCCGCAAGGUGUCUGCAAAGGAAGAUGGAGAACGAAUCACUGCAUACGAUGUUCUUUCUUGGUCCAUUAGUGAGACAUGUGCAAGUCUACAGCGUCAUAGCUGCCAUUGGAGAGAGCAGGGCAUUCAUUACAUCGAUAGGCGAUGCGCGUGGGAGGAGUUUUGGUCAUCUGGAGCCAGCGAAGCCUCCAAACUAGAAAGAUAUUGGUUGCAACCCGAGUCGAAGUCCUUGGAGGAAAUGUAUGAGGCAUCACCCUCUUCCGAGCAAUUGGAGCGGGAGCCACCCCACCACCCCGGAGCCGACUGUCGAGAGAUUGAGCAGAGGAGCCGCGUUUUCUUGUCUCCUACGGACAAUGAGGUGGUGAGGAUGGAAGAAGAGCAAGAACGUGAGGUAACACACGAACUUGAACGGGAGCGGCAAAUUGAGAGACCACCAGCUUUGCUCCCUGCCUCUCAUAUCCUCCAUCCUGAUGUCGUUUCGUUCGUGCGGAGUGGCCAAAUAUCGCCAGAUACAUCCCCUGCUUUCAUUCCACUCUUCUCCUCGGUCUCAAUCCUUCCUCGGUCCUUCCAACAGGGCGCUAAAUGGUCUAACGAUCUUUUUGCAACUAGAGACUUCACUUCCACCAUUCAAGGUACGAACGUCCAGGAAAACAUCGAAUUCCUUCGACCUGUCAAUUGGAUACCAUCCAGUACCCGCAACUCGACGCUCGUGGUCUGCAGCCCUUUCGAAGUAAAUAAAUUGAUCCCCGAAAUUCGCCGCAGCCACAACACUACGUUACGCGUUUACUCUCCAAGAACGAGUCAGCCGAUGAAGUCCUUUGAUGAUCUCGAAUUUUACACGAUCCCAUCUUUACCAACGAUGCGGAUGCAUCCCGAGAGGCUCACGAUCUCACAGCUGGGUGUAUUCUCCGGCCAGUUAUACCUCAAGGACUUCGAAACAUAUCUUGAACUUUGCAAUUUUUUGGGAGUUAACACUAGCCAUGAUGGGAGCAAUGAGGUCGAAACACAGAGCGAUGGUUUUAUCCUUCCCAAAAAUCGUACAGAGAUGCGCUUGGUCUGUCCAUUUGAUAACAGCCCUCUGCCCUUUAUCCACAGGCUCACGAGUCUCAGGAGGAAGGGGAUACCCUAUACUUCCACUCAUCUUGGACGAAUUGUUCAUGGAGCAUUCGUGCGACCAGAGGAUUUUUGACGACAAAUGUGCACAGUGCUCCCAGCUGCCUAUCUUGCCCAUCGACUUGUCUGGAUGUAUUGAUAGAUUUAUGAUUGUCGAUUCCGG